GGGAUUAUUAAUGGCGAGUUCGAUGGAAUGCGAUUAUUUAUUCUUUACUUUUUUCUGUGCUUCUAGAACAUCCUUAUCUUUUAUUUUCUUUUUCUUCUUUCUUCCUGUUGACUGACGUCGGUUGUUUGAUUCUUUUGGCUGCAUCCCUUUCCAGCUGCUUUUCUGCAUUUCUCUUGGAGUUUCACCCUUGAUACAAUUGCUUGACUUUAAUCCUUCUCUACCUUUUAUAUAUCUGAGAUCGACAGGAACAAUGACUGGUCACUCUGAUUCUUCUCCCGCCAUGAACGGUUCCGCUCCGCGCAAGGCUUUCGGCACGCUGGCCGUCCACGCCGGUGCGCCUCACGACCCCUCCACCGGCGCCGUCAUCGCUCCGAUCUCCCUGUCUACUACCUUUGCGCAGACCACGGUCGGCAGCCCGGUCGGCCUCUACGAGUAUACUCGGAGCUCCAACCCCAACCGGGAUCACUUUGAGCAAGCCGUCGCCGCUCUGGAGAACGCCCGGUAUGCCCUCGCUUUCGCCUCCGGUUCGGCCACCACCGCCAUCAUCCUCCAGUCGCUCGCCCCCGGUUCGCACGUCGUCUCCGUCUCCGAUGUCUACGGCGGCACCCACCGCUACUUCACCAAGGUGGCCUCCGCCCACGGUGUCGAUGUCACCUUCUCCCCCGCGCUGGAAUGCGACGUGGAGAAGCUGAUCCGGCCCGAGACCAAGCUGGUGUGGAUCGAAACCCCGUCCAACCCGACCCUGGGUCUCGUGGAUAUUGAGAAGGUGGCCGCGGUGGCGCAUAGCCAUGGCAUCCUUGUCGUGGUCGACAACACCUUUAUGAGCCCGUACGUCCAGAACCCGCUCGACCACGGUGCCGAUAUUGUCGUGCACUCCGUGACCAAGUACAUCAAUGGACAUUCGGACGUACUGAUGGGCGUCGCCGCGUUCAACUCCGACUCCCUGAAAGAGCGCCUCACCUUCCUGCAAAACGCCAUUGGAGCCGUCCCCUCGCCCUUCGACUGCUGGCUGGCCCACCGUGGUCUGAAGACGCUCCACCUGCGCGCCCGCGAGGCAACCACCAACGCCACGGCCGUCGCCAAGGCCCUCGAGGCCUCCCCCCACGUCACCUCCGUCAACUACCCCGGUAUCGACUCGCACCCGCAGCGGGCGAUCGCCAUCAAGCAGCACCGCAACGGCAUGGGCGGCGGCAUGCUGAGCUUCCGCAUCAAGGGCGGCCAAAAGGCGGCGCACCUCUUCUGCCAGUACACCAAGGUCUUCACGCUGGCGGAAAGCCUGGGCGGCGUCGAGAGUCUGUGCGAGGUCCCCGCGAGCAUGACGCACGCGGGUAUCCCCAAGGCCGAGCGCGAGGCCGCCGGCGUCUUCGACGACCUCGUCCGCAUGAGCUGCGGUGUUGAGGACGUGGAGGAUCUCACGGCCGAUGCGCUGCAGGCGAUUGAGAAGGUCGAGGCUGCUAUCGAGGCGGGUGUGAACGGCUCGGCUUGAGUGGAAAGCGUGGGAUACAUUUGUUUAGAUGCAUAGAGUGUGAUCUAUUCUAUAGUAUAGAUUCUUUUUUAACGAUGUCAUGGGUUGGCUGUCGGGUGGCUUCAUUGGCCACACCGGGGUCUGCGAUACAUUACG